ACCUUACGUUCUCUCAAUGUGAUUCCAAGUUUUAGUCGAUCAUGAGCACUCAGCGGCAUGUUCACCCGUCAGUUUGAAUUUUUCCUUCAGUUUGAGUGCACGAUUAUGCACCUGACGUGAUAAUGCAAGUUCAUGACGUUCGUUCACCUUGCCCUUUCGUUUCUUAUUUACAUUAACUCAUUCGUUCAAAGUCUGCACUGAAAUUUCAAUGAACUUAUCACGAUUUUCCGGAUAAUUUUCAUGACUUUGCUCUGAACUUUCCCCCUAUCGACUUGAUUUUUCAUUUUAAAAUUCUAUUUUGCUACUAAAAACUCAGGAUUUAUGCAGUUGUUUGGGAUGAGGCGAUGGUUUUUCGAAUUUUAAGUGAAUUGAUUAUGCAAUUACUCACGAUUCAGCUGAAUAACUAGAGCAUCUGAUUUUCACAUUGAUUGUAUCGAUUUGUGUAGCCUGUAGAGGAAUAGAUAAUUGAAAAUGGACUCGAAAGACUCAAAAAAACUCGCACGAUGGUACUUCGGCGGUGUUGCUUCGUCCGGAGCUGCCUGUGUUACUCAUCCAUUAGAUUUACUGAAGGUUCAACUGCAAACGCAACAAGAGGGCAAAGUGUCAAUCAUCAAGCACACGUUGAAAAUUAUAAAGAAACAAGGAUUUUUAGCACUUUACAAUGGCCUCAGUGCUUCCCUACUGCGUCAGGGUACUUACUCGACGACGAGAUUUGCAGUUUACGAGGUAGUGAAGCAAGGGAUUGAGAAGCCUGGAGAGGCUUUGCCAUUUUAUAAGAAAUUGUUGAUCGCCGGAUCGGCUGGUGCUGUUGGAGGAAUCUUCGGGACACCUGGGGAUCUUAUUAAUGUGAGAAUGCAAAAUGAUAUCAAAUUGCCACCUGAACAAAGGAGAAAUUACAAACAUGCGUUGGAUGGACUGAUAAGAGUAAGUAAAGAAGAAGGUGUGUCCAAAUUAUUCAACGGCUGUUCGACAGCUACUGGACGAGCCAUUUUAAUGACAAUAGGACAAUUGAGUUUCUAUGACCAAAUUAAACAAUAUCUCCUGCAAUCUGGGAAGUUUGAGGAUGAUCUGGGAACGCAUUUCGUUGCCAGUCUCACGGCCGGAGCCAUUGCCACGACUCUCACGCAACCUCUGGACGUUCUUAAAACACGUGCUAUGAACGCUAAACCUGGUGAAUUCAAAAAUAUCGGACAGCUAAUUCUGUAUACUGCAAAACUCGGACCCUUGGGCUUUUUCAAGGGUUACAUACCGGCAUUCGUUCGAUUGGCGCCGCACACAAUCCUCACGUUCGUAUUCCUGGAGCGACUCCGAAUUUCCUUCGGAUAUAUCCCAAGCAACAAAACAAACUGAACAAAAAGCCUCGAUAAUCCCCACCUCAUUGAUCGUGUAAAUAAUUGCUUCCAGUAAUCUUAUUCGUUUGUAAGAAUAACGAAUCAUUCCGUCAAUGCAGUUUUUAAGGUACAAUACACAAAUCGAGACAUUCGUAACAAACUUGACGCACGAAAUAUAUUUCACAGAAAAACCUUGUGAAUUUCCUAGAAAUUUCUAUUGGAUUUCCAUUCGUUAUUGUAGAUUCUAUUGAAAAAUUCCCCAGCAAAUCUGCGCGUUUUUUUAAAAUAGAAAUGUUCAAUGGAAAACAUUCUGUAGAAAAUCCUCCGCUCCAAUUUUCAAUUUUUUUAUUUGAUUUAAAAAAACUUGGAAAUUUCAUACAGAGGAAUUCCUAUUGAGAAUAUCGCAAUAGAAAAAUUUCAUAGAUGAAAUUCUUUUGAUUUUUUCAAUAAAAUAAUUUCUAUUGAACAUUUUCGAUAACAAAAAUGUGCAGUAAAAAUGGUGAAAAAUAGUACAGUACUAACAGAAUUGAAUUGAAUUUUCUAUCGAAAUCGCUAGGUUUUUGUAUGAACGUUGAAAUGAUUCCAUUCGUGAUUCCAGACCUAUUUUUUUUCGAACAAAAUGGUAAUAUCAACUAACAUAUGACUUGUAAACAUUCCAUAAGACUAUAUUUUGUUACGUAUAUGCUGGCAUAUAUUGCUGUUGAUAUACAUAUACAAUGAAAUUCCUGAUGUCUAACGAGACGCACAAAGCGAGGUAUUAUUUUUUAUGACGAUAAGAACGAAGAUUUCGAUGAUUCACAAUUUUCAAUGUUCUUUAAUCAGUGUGAAACGGCGAUGUCAUCAGCGGAGGAUUAAUUGUGAAAUUCCUAAGUGUAUUGGAGAUGUUGAGCAAAUAAAAAUCUAUUUAUUCUGACAGAAAAAAAAA